GACCAUUAGUGCUUACGGCCAGAGGGGGGUAGAGUGCUUGUACGGUGCGAUAAAAGUGCAGCCGUCAGUCCUUUCCACCAGAAAUUUAGUCCACCGUGAGCUAAUAUCAGUCAGUCAAAAAAAAAAUUAGUCUCACAUUUUGAUUUUAUUCCCCGCUGUCGACAGUAAUCUUCUUCAGGCAAAUGGCCUGGACUCGUGAGAAGUUGACUUUGCUCCUGCUCGUGCUGCAGGUGGUGUUCCUGGUGCUGUUCGGGGUGCUGGUGGAGUAUGAUCCGUCGGCUGACGCCCGCAAAAAGUCCGGAGGAGGCGAAAACCUGGCUGGCUUUGGCAAUCAAGUGGACCUGUACUACCCAAUGUUUCAAGAUGUUCACGUGAUGAUGUUUAUCGGCAUCGGCUUUCUCUUGACUUUCCUCAAGAAGUACGGCUACGGCUCUGUUGGGUUCAACUUCCUGAUCGGCACCUUCGUGCUGGAGUGGGCCACGCUCAUGCGCGGCUUCCUGGAACUCGCGGUGAAGGGGGAGGACAAGAUCCAUGUCAACAUCAAGACGUGGGUGUCAAAGUUGCGGUCUCGAGUCACUUGACUUGGACUCAAAUCGGAUUCGAGUCGCUAUUUGUUGUGAUUCGUGACUUGACUUGUAACUAUCGAUUUCUGACUUGCAACUCAACUUGGACUUGCAAAAAUGACUUGUGACCUGACUUGGACUUGCAUAUUAUUUCUUGUUACCAAUGCAAGUCACAAAACCAUUGAAUCGAACCCAUGGCAGGUUUAAACUAGUGUAAGCCCAGAUUUUAUUCCAUUUUACUCCAAAGCCUGUUAGAGUUCAAGGCUCACAUUCCUUCCAAUUAAGACCCGGAGAUUAAGGCUUCCCUGUUGACAUCUUUGUGACCCAUAAAUUCCAGUUAUGAUCCACCUUGACCAUUUUCUCAUUACACCCACAGUCACCCUGCCUACUAUUUUAUGAUUACAACUUUCUACCCCAUUUUAGCUUGUUUUCCACCCAGCUCUCACCCCUGUAUAUAUCGCCCCCUUAUUCAGUGUUCAGAUUCACUUUCCUUUUACCUCACUUUUACUUCUUUUCUCUCUUUUGUUCUCCAUCUAAGAGUGAACACCCAACGAUUUUAGUCAGUGUUUUAAAUAAAACACUUACAAACCCUGUAA